AUGACAAUAUUAUGUCAAUGUAUUGAAGAAUUAACACGUGAAACACCAGCUGAUCGUUUAUCACAUGAACUCUGGUGUAGUUGUUGUCCAAAUGUUGGAGGAUUAUGGUAUAAAAAUAUUGAAAACUAUAAUCAUUCAUUAGUUGUAACAUCAAUGAUUGGAUAUAUGAUCGGUUUAGGUGAUCAUCAUCUUGAUAAUGUUCUUGUUGAUUUAAAAUCUGAACAAAUAAUUCAUAUUGAUUAUAAUAUUUGUUUUGAAAAAAGUAAAAAAUUACAUGUACCAGAAGAAGUUUCAUAUCGUUUAACACAAAAUUUACAAAAUGCUGUUGGUAUUGCUGGACUUGAAGAUGUAUUUUCUUUAUCAUCAGAAAAUGUUCUUGAAAUUUUACGUGAUGGAAAAAAAAUAUUACUUAAUUUACUUGAAUUAUUUAUUUACGACCCAUUAAUCGAUUGA